GCAAUCUAUAACACCCCCUACUGCUCUUGCGUCACUCGCACCCCCCUCCUCUAACCCAGCGGCCUUUUCCGCCGUUUUCCAUUCCUCGUGACGCGCCUAGGAUGUCCGUCAUUGACCCGACCCCGCUUUACAACAAUUUUAUCCACCCCGAGCCUGCCGCUCCACGGCACGAUUUCCCAAAGCCGUCCAUCAAGCCGCCGCUUUCCCAGCUCGCCUUGCCUGAUUCGGGCCCUUCCACUAGACCGCCAUCACCCCCGCCGAUGUAUGGCAUGCUACCCUCUAUUCCCUCCCAUGUAAACGCUGGAUACGACGAACAACACCCCUCCCCCUCCUUCUCGACGCGUCCUCCAUCCCCUUUUCACGAGCGCCCUCCCGGCAAUCCUUUCAAUACAUCUCAUCGUACUGAUUUUAGCAUCGAGAUCCCCUCUCCAGGGAAUCCAGAACGAGCACCUCCUCCGGAUGCCAUUCCUAACCCUGAUGAAGGCCAGGACUUGGCCUUUGACGAUGAAUCACUCAGCGCGCUAGAGAAAAUCUAUUUAUUAGCACGUAGCGGUGCCGCAUUCCACAGGAUAUAUAUAUCUCACGCCUUAAUUGAGUUCCUACAGGAAGUCGCCCCUCGAGAAGCUGUAGACUUUGUUCUACCUCUCUUAAGCAAUCUUGCCACUGAUCAAGAGGAGUCCGUCAAGGAAGCCCUCGCUUGCGAGUUGGUGCCCAUCAUGUGGUGGUUUAUUUCCAACUGCCGAGUAGUUGAGGCCGAACCGGAUUACGAGACAGACGAACCUCUAAUCCCCGUGGCUGCCUUCACACCCAUCCUUGGGACUCUGCUUUUGAGCCCGAACCGACUGGUAGGAGCCCCUGCUAGAGCCGCUGUCGUGGAUAUUUUAGCACGUCUGCGGACGGCGCACGAUUCGGCUGACAAUGGCUUGCUCGGGAACGUGGAGAGGCAGCUCUUCGAGCGCGAGCUGUUGCAUCAAGUCGUUAUUGGCAUGAGCAGACUGGAUCAGGAGGGUGAACAGAGUCUGUCGGAGGACGAAGACGACCGCCCAGAAGUUUGGUGGACCGCACCUAGCACGCCUGCUAACCCGGAGUUAUUUGCCGGUAACAAAGGCACGGAUGCUAGCGUGAACCCGUAUUUCCCUGCACUGUCAGACGUUCCCGAGGAGUCUGCCUCACCAUCACCUCCGUCUUCAGCUGCGGAUUCCCCACAGUCGACACCGUCAUCUGGAACACCAACGCCUCUUGCAAGUGCAAGGUCUAAUCCUCUCGAUAAAGUUUCCGCUGCCUUGUCCCAAGCAGCGGGGACUUCCUCGCCUUCCUCCAUCUCCUCCGGAUCCUCAGCCUCUUCUCAAUCGUCUCAAAGUCUCACACCUGACCUGUCUCCCGCCAGCGGAAUGUCAGCUCCUUCGCCAACCUCCCCUCCCGAACCCGUCUCUCCCAUUCAAAAUGCUGCGCUCGCCUCUCCGCAGGUAAGAGAACAUGACGUGGUCGGGCCUAGUACGGAGUCAUCCGACUCAUGGCUGUCGGGCAUUUCUCCGGAUGAUAUGCCGGAGAUACACAUGCCAGAUAAGUUCGCUGGAGGGAAAGAUCAACACGCUGGGCAGAUGGGCGUCGCCCUGGAGGAAGAUGACGCCGAUACUCCCUCUGACCUCACAGAUCUGGAAACAGAUGCCGGGGAACAAGCUGCUGUAGGCAAGGUCUCCAGCAUGAGCUUGAUGGCUGCUCUCUCUGCUACUUGCUCGUUAGAUGAGGACAUCCAGGCUGCCUUUGUCAAAGAGGUCGGUAGGGUCGGUCGCGAUCCGAUAUACUGGGUCAGGAGGGAAGCAUCAUUCGCUUUGGGUGCUCUCGCCAAGGUUGUACCGUUGGAGAUUGUCAUAACCUCACUGCUCCCACUAUUCGAGUCACUAUGCGUUGACUCCGAAUGGCACGUACGCCAUUCCGCAAUAUUUGCUUUGCCGGGCCUGUUAUCUCGAUUGCCUCCCACGCAGCGUCGCUUGUUGGCACUCAAGACGAUACCACCCUUGGCUCGAGACCCCGAAGGCCCGGUCCGGUCAGGGUUACUCGAGGCGCUCGGAGAAGUGAUAUAUACUUUCCAUAACGACAAGGACGGGCCACCCGACGAAUUAUUGGACCUAUUUCUUGGCAGGAAAGCGAAUGAUAGCCGGCAGAAGAGGCGCAAUACGACACCAUCAGCCAAAACUACGCCGAGAUCACCGUGGGUCACUGACCCGGGAGAUUUUAUCCUACUAGGAGACGACCCAGCUCGCCUACUCAUAUGCGCAUUCAAUUUCCCUGCGGUGGCGCUCACUCUCGGACGUGCUCGUUGGGGUGAACUCCGCGAGUCUUACGUUGCGCUAGCCAAAGACCCAACACCGAGGGUGCGGAAGACACUUGCUGCCAGUGUCGGCGAGAUAGCCAAGAUCAUUGGGCCUGAGCACUCGAAACGGGAUCUUGUGCCGUUAUGGCUCGAGUGCAUCAAGGGCAGCGAUAGCGAGGUGCGGCUUAAAGCCGCCGAGAGCCUGGAGACUUUUGUGGGUGCCCUCGGGCGGCCUGAGAGAGUCGUUGUCGUUCAGACCCUGCAGCAAGCCUGGUCUUCGGGCGCAUUGCGGGGUUGGCGGGAGAGGGACGUUGCUGCCCACACCCUCCAGGCUCUUCUGGGGCUUAUCGCGGAUACUCCUGGUCUUCUCCGGUCGUUGUUGAAGCUUGGGCUGCAAGACGAUGUCGCAGCUGUGCGUGCCGCGGCAGUAUCUUCCGUACCCGCUUACUUCCGUGUGUUCUCGCAACGCCGGGAUAUUCUGGAAAGUCUGAGCGAGGAUAUUCGGCAACUCGCCUCCUCUUCGACCUUCAGGAAACGUAAUACGUACAUCUCGUGCCAGGAAGCCUUGGUCCUUUCGGACGCUGGUCCGACCCUCAUCACGGACACUGAGCUCUGGAGGACACUGGCAACCUUGGCAAAGGACAACGUUGUCGACGUCAGGAUAGGAGUGUCUCGGCUUGUGCGCCUCAUCGUAGAAAAGUUCUUUCAGACUUCGCGGCCGUUACCCAAUGAGGUUUCGGACGUCAUAACCCACUUAAAGGUGGACCAGUCUCGCGAAGUUCGCGCUUUCGCCCCAGAGAUGUCCCAAUCUCGAUUAUCGCUAGCGGAGGCAAGACCACCAUCGUCCGAGACAACCGCCACCAUCUUCUCUCGACCACCUCCAUCUAGUUGGGACGCCGGCCACUCCUUAUGAACGGCAUGGUCUCUUGGAUGAUUGCGGCCUCCCUUUCGUGCGGAUAUCACGGUUUGUUCCAUUGCAAUACCGCGCACGGUUGGGAUGCCCGCCGUUUAGAGGGCCGACACCACUUCGAUAUUGCCGGAGCUUUCAUCAGAAGUUGCUCUCUGUUUGCUCUCUUCGUGACUGGUGCCCGCACUUAGCAUGCUAUUCCGACUAUCCACCGCACCACCGUUAGCUGAAGUUCGCCUACAGAUAUAUUUAUCUUUCUUGCAUGAGGACCUCGCAUUAUAUCUCAAUCACUGUAUCUCACUGAUGCUGUAGUAUUACGUUCUCCGUUCAAGUCUAAUUAUUGUUAUUCAUCGCUCGCUUGUAUGUAUAGACGAGUUAAUCCAGCUUCGACAUUGUAGAAGAUCCACCUGUAUACUGUAGAGUAGGAAAUAUAACAGCCCAGGACCUGCAGUUUUC